AUGCCGUCACUCGUCUCUUGCCUUGUGGCAGGGCUCGCCGUUGCCGACCGCGCGGCGAGUCUAAGCUAUACCUUGUCCAAGACCUACGAUGCCUCCAACUUUCUCGACGAGUUUGACUUUCAUACGGCCGAUACAAAUCCGUGGGCGUCAAAUGACUAUUUCGCUUUCACGACGUACCUGAAUAAAGCGGAUGCCGUUAGCAAGGGGCUUGUUUCUGUACAGGACGGCAAAAUAUAUUUGGGAGUGGAUUACAAUACACGGACCUACGGCGCGGGGUAUCGAAAUUCGUUACGCGUCCAAUCCAAGAAUUCGUUCAAGCAAGGCUUGGUCAUCACCAGGUUUAGCCAUUUGCCCAAGCCUGUCUGCGGUGGCUGGCCAUUCUUCGGGACUCUCGGAACCGGGCGACACCCUGAGAACAGUGAGAUUGGCAUGUACGAAGGCUGGCAUCUUUCCCCUGUGAACAAGGUGGCACUUUACGGUGGGCCUGAAAGCACCGGCCAAUGCGUCCUGGACCAAUCUGCUCACACAGCUGGACUUGUCUCAAGCAACUGCGACCAUGAGUUCCAAUAUGGCUAUGACCGAUGGAAAUACCAGAGUUGCCUGCCUGAAGAGACCCAAAACGGAAUUUGGGGAUCUUCUAAGGGUGGUAUCCAGGCUCUUGAAUGGACAAGCGACGCUAUCAGGUUGUACAAUUGGCCGAUUGGCGCGGCUCCGAGUAACAUCGGAUCCUCGAACCCUGAUACUUCUUCUUGGGGUACGCCGUCCGCGCAGUUCAAAGGGCCCGGUUGUGAUACACAGGCAUUUUCAAACCAGACGCUCCAGUUCAGGUUCCUUUUCUGCAGCAGUGUUAAUGCAGCAAGUUCAGCCUGGUCGAAUCUACCUGCAGACGGUAAGAACGGACCGACCUGCAAAGAAAUCACUGGUGCGGCGCAGUGCAUCGUUUACGUUGGCCCAAACCCACAAGAAUUUAAAGACUUUUACUUCGGAGUCGAGGAUAUCCGCAUCUUUGACCAAGACACCCAGAGCCAACUCUCACUAGACGGCAGCAGCCCGUCGUUUACCUUUGACUACGCGACAAGCCAGUCGUCGAGCGACAACUGGAUCGGAAUCUGGCCCGAAGACGACACACAAGCGCCGCAAUCGGGCAGCGUCGCUUGGGAGUACGUCACACAAAGCUCGGGCUCUAUUCGUGUUACACCUCGCAGUUCCAUGAAAGCUGGUAAGUACAAGGCGUAUCUUUUGUCCAACGACCGAACCAUCCUCUCUUCUCUCCCAAGCUUCGAUUACAGCCCAACCUCGGACAGUGUGGCUUUCAGCGUCAAGACCCACUACAACACCAACUGCGCUGGUAGUGCCAACAACAACGUCGACAUCAAGCCAGGGAAUGGAGUCUGUGUCAACACGAACUGCGGUGUCGGCAGCCUCGAAAUUCCAAGCGUCGGAAGCUGCCCGAACGGUCAAGUUCGAAUCAGCUACUGGCAGCAUGCCGAUUGCGCGGGCGACUGGUACGGUUACGGCUACGGAAGCAGAGAUACCUGCCGCGGACUGUGGUCCAACGGCUGGGGCUUCAGGUCCUUGUGGCUGUCGUGCGCCGAACCCGACAGCGACUGCAUCAAGCAGGAAACCUGCACCGCCGCCCCAGAGCCGUCCACGGAGGUCUGCCGUGCCACGGCGGACGCUGGCACGACAGACGCCUUCCAUCUCAAGACCCGGUACAGCACAGGCUGCACUGGAGACGUCCACAACGAGGUCACCGUCCCGCACGGAAACGGCCAGUGCAUCGAUACAAACUGCGCCGUGGGAAGCCUGGAUAUCGACAAUGUCGGAAACUGCCCCAAUGGAGAGCUGCGAAUCAGCUACUGGGAGCAGUCUGGCUGCUCAGGCAAGUGGUUCGGAUACGGCUACGGCAGUAGGAAUACCUGCCGAAAGCUGUGGUCUGGUGGCUCGAGCUUCAAGUCUCUUUGGGUGAGCUGUGCAAAGCAGAGCGAUGACUGUGUCAGUCGGGGAACUUGCUCCAUUGACGAAGUGCCAAGUCGCCCUGUCUGCUGA